AUGGCUGCUCCGCGCACCACCGUCGCCUCCCGUCCACUCUCGGCCGUUCUGCCGCCGCUGGUUCUCGGUACGGCCACUUUCAACUACCAAUACGUCUCGGACCCCGGCCGUAUGCCCUCGGUCGACAUCGUCUCGCGCGCCCUCGACCUUGGCGUAACGGCCUUCGACACAUCCCCCUACUACGGUCCCUCCGAGUCCAUCCUCGGUGACGCCCUGCGCAGCCUCUCGCCACCCCGCGAGUCCUACUUCCUCGUCACCAAGGCAGGCCGCAUCGCCCCGACCGAGUUCGAUUAUUCCCCCGCCUGGAUCCGCGCCUCGGUCCGCCGCAGCCUCGACCGCCUCAACACCUCGUACCUCGACCUCGUCUACACCCACGACGCAGAAUUUGUCUCCCCCGAUGACGUUGUCGCCGCUGUCCGUGAGCUGCGCCGCCUUCGCGACGAAGAGGGGCUCGUCCGCUACAUCGGCAUCUGCGGCUACCCCGUGCCCGUCCUCUGCGAUCUUGCUGAGAAGAUCCUCCGCGAAACGGGCGAGCCCAUCGACGCCGUCCAGUCUUUUUCGCACUUUUGCGUACAAAACAACACCCUUGGCUCCGACGCCGUCUUAUCGCGCCUGCGGGACGCUGGCGUCGGUGUCGUCACCAACGCGAGCAUGCUGAGCAUGGGCCUGCUUACGACGCGCGGUGUCGACGACGGGCCCAUGGCGAGCUGGCACCCGGCCCCGAGUCCGCUGCGCAAACUGUGCAAGAGCCUCGCCGUUAUCGCCGAGGUCGCGGGCGAGAAGAUGGAGGAUGUCGCCCUCUACUGGGCCAUGUCGAACUGGGCUCGCGUCGGUCGCGCCUUUGGCAGCGAGUUGCUGCCGCCUACCUAUAACAUCCCCACCAAAGUCGGCGUCAGUGUCAUGGGCGUCACGUCCGUUCCCGAGCUGGAGGAGACGGUUCUCGCUUGGCAAACCAUGUUGCACGAGCUUGUGGCCGAGAGCAGCAGCGGCGGCGGCGGCGACAAGACGCAGUCUAAUGCUUCCACGGCGUGUCGUCGACACGACAAGAUCCAGCGCCUCGUGACGGAACAAAUGUGGCCGGCCCUAGGAGAUUGGCGUAACUAUAGCUGGGCCAGCCCUGGUGAGGAUUUCGUAAACCAGCGUGCCCAGCAGGCCUCCACCGCCGCCGAGCCCCAUUUGUAG